AUUAUGUCAAUACCAAGUGCUCCAUCCGACUAUGAAAAUCCUAAUCAGAAUGAUGAAGGAAUUCAAAGAGAGUGUAUAAUCUUAAAGAAAACAAAUAUUCAUGUUGUGGAAGGAAAUAUAGUUACUCAAAAGGUUGAUGUUAUUCUAAACAGUACACACAAAAACCUAGAUUUAUCACUUGGUACAUGUUCAUCGGCAUUGCGUUAUGCUGCUGGACCUGAAAUUCAGAGAGAAUGUGACCAAAAGUAUCCAAAUGGUAUAGAAGCAGGCGAAUUAGCCACAACAUCAGGGGGUCGUUUAAAUUGCAAUGCUAUUUUUCACACAGCGUUGUUAAAAUGGCCAAGCAGAUCUUCUAAAAAGGUUCACCAGGAGUUCAUAGAAAAGAGUUUAAAGGAAGCCCAAUCUCGAGGGUAUUCUUCCAUGGCAAUUCCAGGACUCUGUACUGGGUAUCUUCAAUGUCCACACAAAGAAGCUGCAGAGAGACAAUGCCUUUAUAUCAAAGAAUUUAUAGAAAAGCAUCCUAGUACAACCUUGAAAGAUAUAAAACUUGUUGCAUCGUCUAAUGACAAAGACAUGUUAAAGCACUUGAUAACAGCAGUGAAAAAAAUUGAUAGAUUAUCAAGAAACCUUUAUGAUGAGCAAAGUAUUAUUAUGAACAUGGAAAUUAAAAACACGAAACUUGUUGUAGUAAAGGGAAGGAUUGAGAAGUCACAUGUGGACGUCGUUGUCAAUAUUGUUAAUUCAAGACUACAGCUUAACCUUGGGAAGGUGUCGAGAACACUUUUGAAAGUCGGUGGGGAUAUUAUUGAAACCGAAUGUCGACGAAGUUCUCCACAUGGAAUAAAACUUGGAGAAAUUGUUUCAACAUCAGGUGGAAACCUACCUUGCAAAAAAGUAUUUCAUGCCUGUAUGUGGGAUUUCAAUUAUAAGGAUUCCAAAACCAGCAAACAGAUUGUUUCUGACCUAGUUGAAAACUGUUUAAUGAUGAGUCACAGGGCCAAUAUGAUGUCUAUUGCAUUUCCAUUUAUGCGAUUUUGGAAUAUUCCUCCAAACCAUUUUGCAAAGGCUAUGUAUGAUGGAAUACAGAGAUUUCUAAGCAGUCUGGAUGCAUCAACAAUUCAAAAUAUAACGAUUGCUCUGUCUGCACCAAAGUUUCCUUUAGCACGUACUAUUCGAGCAUUCAGAGAUGAAUUCGGUGUGGAUAAUUUAACUACAGAAAUUCCAAAAGACGUCGUAGGCUUUUGUUACGAGAUGUAUAAAACAGAAGUAACGUGUCCUGAUUACUGGGAUGCCUUUAAAGAGGGAAUGCCGUUAAAACAACUGGCACUGGGCAGGACUCAGGUCUAUAAUUUAAUCAACAUACCAGUCAAUGACAACAUGUACGAGGCUAUUGAACGACUAACUAAAAACACCUGGGAUCCGUCUAAAAUAGGAUUUGGUAGAGACGCUGCAGGUCUUACCGGCUACCAGGAUAUACAAAUAAUAAAGAUUGAAAGAAUCGAAAACAUAAACUUGUGGAUGCGUUAUGGAAAUGAGCGUACCUAUUGUUUUAAAAAGGUUGUCGAUCAGAAAUGUAAAUUUCGUAAUCUCACACAGUUACCAGGAUCGAGAGGUGUAUUAUUAACAACCCAACACUUACCGUCAGUCCUACAACCUCGUCUAUACAGUGAAAUAAAUGAGGUCUACCUGUUUCAUGGUACCAAAGAAGAAAAUAUAUAUUCCAUAUUGACAGAUGGACUAGAUAAAAGAUUAAGCAGUAAUGCAAUGUUUGGCAGUGGAAUCUACUUCGCCGAAAGCUCAACGAAAGCAGACCAGUAUACAGAUUGCAAAACAGACAGAAGUAUGGACCAAAAAAGGUUUUUUUUAUCAAGGGUCUGCUUAGGAAAUACUUAUAUAAUAGAAGAACCACGCUCGUUGAGGAAACCCCCCUGUACAAUUUGCAAGGAAGAAGUAUGUAGGGUACAUGAUCGAAUCAACUUUGCUGAUAGUGUUGUGGCUGACGGUAAAUGCUUGUUCAGAGAAUUUAUUGUUUUUAACAACAAUCAGUGUUAUCCGGAGUAUUUGAUUACUUAUGCACGAAAAUAGGUUCUCAUAGUUAAAAAUUUGUAUGAAUACAAUAACAUUUUUUGUACAGAAUUUAAUUGAAAAUUUAAAAGUUUUCCGGUAAAGUGAAGUAUAUUUAAUUCGGUAUUUUCAGAUUUUUAUGAAAUGCUCAAAUGUUUUGAUGAUCACAUAUGAAUUUAUUGGCAUUUUGAUGGUACACUUAUUCAUUUAUGUUUAACUGUUACAAAAUAUGUGGCCCAAAAUUUAUACAGUUAAACUUACGUAUUGAAAAACUAUUAAUAUUGUAAAGUGGAAUCCUACUAUGGUGCAAAAUUUGCGUGGUCUGAAUUUCUUCGUUUUAGUUGGAACAAAUCAUUAAUAUGUAUACCGUAAUAUAUGAUAUUUACCUCCCACUUGCUUUCGUAUAAUCUGUGUAUGUCUGUACAUAUUCAUUAUUAUAGUAUUAAUGUAUGGACUUUUUCAUAUUGGCCCUGUAACAUGCCCGAGGUAUUAAUAAUGGCCAAGGAUGGUUGUAAUGGCCCUGAGGCAACGCCGAGGGCCAUUACAACUGUCCGAGGCCAUUAUUUAUAUCAAGGGCAUGUUACAGGGCCAAUAUGAAAAAGUCCAUAUAUUGAUACUUUUAUUAACCAACAAGGCAACUUCAUUCAACUGUUCAAGAACAGUCUUUGAGUCUCGGAUACACCUAUCCACAAACUUAACAACAGGAUCAAUACAGAAAAGCCCGUUUUAUAAUAUUUUUAUUAAAUUGUUUUAAUUCUUCGUUUAAACAAAGAGUAAAAAACUUACCGUGAAGAAGAUACAGGAAUUUCAUAGCUGAACUUCAAGUUUCAACUUGUCUUUUCGCAUGGAAUUUUGGUCAACAUUGUGACUGUCAGAUGUAAUUUCUGAUUUCUCAUCCAAGUACUUAAUUUUAUGCUAUUAAAAUUCAUUUCAUCUAGCAAAUAUAAAGUAGCUGGGAAGAAUAAGUCAGACAGUUCAACUAUUUCUGAAGUCUGCAUUCUCUCUUCUGGCCUUGAAGGCAUAAAACUUUUCCCAGUGCUCGGAGCGCAAAAAUCAUGCUCGAAAAAUGAAAACCAGCAAUUUGAUUGGUUGAUUUUUGAGUCUGAGUACAAAAAUCAUGCUCGAAAGUUUUAUAACCGUGAGGCCUGGAGAUUGAACAACGGAAAUGAAACAGUGAUAAUAAUCGAAAGUCGUACUCGAAAAAGUCUGUGAAAUAUUUCCGUUUCAAGUCGUUACAAAACAAUGAACAUCAUUUAAAAUUGUUGUUAUGAUAUUAAGUUUAAAAAAAAAUAAAAAAAAUGUCACACUUAUUUUAAAGAUAUAAACAACAUUUUGAUUUAAUCGAUGUCCCGUUUCAUCUGUUCAUAAUGCAGACUCUGAUUUAGUAAUGCACGGGUGUGAUUUCGUAAUGCAUGACUGAGAUUUCGUAAUGACUGGCUGUAGCAAUUUCUCCGUUCAUAAUGACCAGAUGUCGAAAUUUUCCUUUUAUAAAGCAUGGGCAUUUCUAUACAUAUUGUAGUAAGUUGGUUAAUAAAUUAUUAUUAUGAAUGUUGUGUGUAUCUCUACGCCAUUGAAAUUUGGUUUGUUGAGAAAUAAAGAUAUAUGUUGUGUAUGAAGAAUUUGCGAAAAAGUAUAAUUUCAAUACUAAUUUUGUAGAGUUUUAUGGUAUUUUAAGUGCUAUUCCAAAUAUAUGGAAAAGUAGGAUAGUAGGUAGUUCUAAACUUGAUAAUAUUGAAAAUAAAUUAGUAGAUAAAGUUAAAAAAGAACCUAAGUCUUGUAAAUUUUUCUAUAAUUUAUUUCUGGAGGAUAAUAAAGUAUUAUCUCUUUCUUCCCGUAACAAAUGGGAAAUAGACUUAAAUUUACAGAUUGAAGAUUGGAAUGCUAUUUAUUCCAUGCCCUUCAUUAUAACCAAAAAUUCGUUUUUACAAAAUUUUCAAUUUAAGAUUGUUCAUAGGAUUUUACCAUGUAAUUCCUUUUUAUAUAAAUGUAAAUUAAAAGAAACUGAACUAUGUACAUUUUGUUCAGAAGUUAAAGAAAAUAUUUUUCACAUUUUUUGGGAAUGUAAUGUAACACAAAACUUCUGGUUAUCCAUUAUAGAUUGGAUUAGAAAUUAUGAAAUCUUCUUGCCUUUUAGUGCAAAAGAAGUCAUUUUAGGUGUGUCUGAGGAUUCUGUCAACAGUAAAACAGUUAAUAAUAUCUUGUUGUUAUUUAAAUACUAUAUAUACAAAUGUAGAUGUAAGAGUGUAUUGCCCACAAAAUAUGGUGGGGUAGAAUAUUUAAAGUAUUGGAUUACAAUAGAAAAAUACUCUGUAUGUUUCUUAACCCCUACACAAAAAAUAAAAAUGGAUCAGAAGUGGCAAUUGUUAGAAGCAGCAUUUAAUUAACAAAAUCAAUUGUAAUAUUUAUAUCUUAUUAUACCAUUAUGAUUUAAUCGAUCUGACAAGUAUUAAUUAACUUUUUAUACCUUGUGUCUAAUACUGUAUUAUGUAAUUUCACAUGUUUCAUCUUGAAAAA